AUGACGCUCGCAACGCCUCUGAGAUGGCUCCUAUCCAAAGUGGCUCCCAUCGGAUCCUUUCCCUCUCACAGUGGUCCCUACGCCGUUGGGAGCUGUGAUGUAGAAAUCCCUAUUGCAGACUUACACAGCCCGAGCCCGAAACCUGAGGAUGCUGACAUUCAUACCGUUGUCUUUCGAAUCUUCUACCCGUGCGAACCGGCGUCAUCGACGAAGUCGGUGCGAUGGAUACCGGAUCCCCAGCGUGCAUACAUGAGAGCAUACGCUCGAUAUCUAGGGAUCAAUUUUGCCGUGUCCGACCACCUUGCGUUUCUAUCGCAUGUUCUGUAUUAUAUCGCGAUACCAGUCCGUCGAAAUGCCAUGCUUCUACCUCCACAGACGUCAUCUGGAAAGUGGCCGGUGAUGAUCUUCUCACACGGCCUUGCAGGCUGUAGAAACACAUAUUCGUGGAUAUUGGGCGCGGUAGCUAGCUACGGUGUGGUUGUCAUUGCGCCAGAUCACCGGGACCGAAGCGCGGCCAUCACCUAUAUUCGAGCUACGGACGAACAUCCCCCUAAAGUCCUCACCUACAACCGCAUUCCGCACACGGCUAUCGACAUUGUCUACCGAGGCCGUGACAGACAAAUGCGCAUCCGGCUCUGGGAGCUGGGCCUGAUUCAUAGUGCGCUGCUCAAAAUCAACGCAGGCGUUUCAGUUCGCAACCUCGACCCUAACAGCACCCGGUUUCGCAAAACCGACACCAACGAGGUACUCUCUAUCUUCGUACACCGGCUUAGUGUCGACGAGCCCGGUUCCAUCAUCUGGGCCGGUCACAGCUUCGGUUCUGCCUCGGUCGUCCAACUGGUCAAGUCCACCUACUGGCGCAUCCCUGCCGACGACCCUGAUGGCAACUCCACCUCACUCCACCCGCCAUACACCCCUCUCUUCACCCCCUCCGCCACCUCCUCCAUCGCCCGCCAAAUCACCCCCUCCUCCCCCCUCGUCCUCCUCGACAUGUGGGCCAUGCCCCUCGACUCCCCCUACACCUUCCGCCUCAGCCAGAUGCCCCUCCCCUGCUACGCCACCCCCUCCUCCUCCGCCGGCUCCACCACCCUCGCGCUCCUCUCAGCCGCCUUCGCAGAGUGGCCCGCCAACCUCGAUCGGCUGAAACGUGCCCUCUGCCCUACCCCGGCUACGGAAACCUCGCUCCGCAACCCGCACGCCUUCACCCCCACCCCGAUCGACGUUGCCGGCCCGCGCCUCUUCUACCCGGCUAACUCUGCGCACCUCUACCAAUCGGACUUCGCGAUCCUGUUCCCGCGCGCCACGCGGCGGAUGUUCAACGGCGGCGGCGGUGAGCCUACGCGGCUACUGCGGCUGAACCAGCGGGCAAUCGUGGAGUUUCUGCGGGACAUUGGGAUGGAAGUGGGGCCGCCGAAUGCGAGGGGUUUAGCGGAUGGGGAGGUGCAGGGGGAGGUCGGGGUGGGGGAGAAGAGAGGGGAUUGGAGGAUUUUGGCGAGGGAUGGGGGUGGAAUUCGAGGGUGGAUGGCGGUGGAGGUGAUGGGUGGGACAGAAGUGGUGGAGGGUGGGACGAGUAAGCUGGAUGAGGUGAGGGAGAUUGAUGUGUUGGGAGAGGUGGUGUCGUCGGGACAGAAGUGACGGAGUGGAUAGUCUGAGGCCACUAGAUCGGUUACGAUGCGAGGUUGUUACGUUGUUACGAUAUGUACGAUUUGACGAUUCUUGGACGCAUGGGGUACCGGUUUGCUGGAGGGAGGUAGAACUGGGUUGCCAACCGCAAGAUUGUCUUGAUGAUAGCCUUAUGGUUAAACUACAUACUCCCU